UUGGGCUCCACAUUUGAUAAUGUACAACUUUCUAAUUUUAGUUGGUAUCCACCAGGACACGGUAACUUUUAUGAGGCAUUCUACAAUUCUGGACUUCUUGACAAAUUUAUCGCCGAAGGAAAAGAGGUUCGUGUUCAAUUUUUCUUACUUUUUACAACUUCUCAUUCUCUUUUUCUUCAGUACUGUUUCCUUUCCAACAUAGACAACAUGGGCGCAACUUACUGCUUCCUUUCCAACAUUGACAACAUGGGCGCAACUGUUGACUUCGCCAUUCUCAACUUUUUGUUAUCUCCUCCUUCCGGUCAGGAUCAUCCCGAAUUUUUAAUGGAGGUUACAAACAAGACUCGGGCUGACGUCAAGGGUGGUACCCUUAUUCAGUACAAUGGCAAACUUAUGCUUCUUGAGAUUGCGCAGGUACCAAAGGAUUAUACGGAUGAGUUCAAGUCUAUCAGUAAAUUCAGAAUUUUCAACACUAACAAUCUGUGGGCCUCACUGCCGGCUAUCAAGCGAGUGGUGGAGAAUAAUGAACUGGAAAUGGAGGUCAUAGUAAAUCCUAAACAUCUUGAGCAUGGACUUGACGUCAUUCAACUUGAGACCGCUGCCGGCGCUGCCAUAAAGAAUUUCCGAGGGGCAUGCGGUAUAAAUGUCCCCCGAGCACGUUUCUUGCCAGUGAAAAAGUGCUCUGACUUAUUACUUCUUAUGUCAAAUCUGUACGAUAUAGACCAUGGCAGUCUCACUCUAUCUGAACAGAGAUCAUUCCCCACUACUCCGCUCGUGAAGCUAGGUUCGAGCUUCGACAAGGUGAGAAAAAGAUGCUCUGAAAUCCAGUCAUGAAA